AUGCCUUUCUUCGGACACGCCGCUCGCCACUACUCUUCGCGUGCCUUUGUGCCGCGUUAUUCGCGUCUGCAGCUCCUCGUCGCUCACAGCGCCAUCACCGCCGGUGUCGUGCUGCCUUUUGUGCACCCGUACCUGCAGACCCGCCAAGCAAAGCGUGACGGCACCUACAUGACCAAGCCGCCGAUCCCUUUCACGCCGAGCCCCAAGUUCUAG